UUUAACUUGUUUAAUACAAAACAGUCUCUCGUAAUCGUUGUAAUUAAAAUGUUCUCUCUUCGAGUAAUAAUUAUAGUUAUACUUCUUGGUUUUACGAUAGUUUUAAGUUCAAAAGCUCCAGUAAAAUUUAAUUAUUACAAUUUUCCCCAACAAAAAAACGAUUUAAAAAUAUACCACGGUUUAAAAAUAAUUUGUCACGGAUUGAACGGUUCAAGUGAGUCGGAUUGGUAUUCCCACAUGAUUGAUGGAUUUCAAAAGAAAAAUUUUUCUGUCAUUGCCGUUGACUGGAAAGAUUUAGCAGAUGAUGGUUACAUAGAUGCGAUUGUUGCAGCUUCGAAUGUAGCAGAAAAAUUAUCUAAGGAAAUUUUAGAUGUAUCUAAAAAGUAUAGUAUUGAUUUAGGGAAGGUGCAUAUAAUAGGGCAUUCUUUGGGUGCUCAUAUCGCCGGAUACGUAGGAAAAUCGAUAAUAGAAUCUCAAGGUGAGAAAAUCGGACGAAUCACUGGUUUAGAUCCAGCAGGUCCCGGGUUUCAUUCAUUAUUAUCAAACGCUAAACUUUAUAAAGACGAUGCUCACUUCGUCGACGUCAUACACACAGAUACGGAUUUUCUAGGAAUUAGCUUAUCGAUAGGUCAUGCGGAUUUUUAUCCUAACGGGGGGGCUUUGCAAACCAGUUGCGACGUAGUAGAUGUUGGAUGUAGUCAUCGAUUAGCACCAGACUAUUUUAUUGAAAGCUUAAAAUCUGAUAGUUUCGUUGCAAGAAAAUGUGUUACUUAUAUUUGGUACACUUUGGGAUUUUGUCAUAACAAUGAAAGGGCUUACAUGGGAUUUGGAUGUAAUCGAGAAACGAGAGGAGAUUUUUUCUUAAAUACUAAUUCUAAACCACCAUAUGGAAAAGGAUAAUUUUUUAAUCCAGUAUUAAUUUUUUGUUGUAAUGAUAAAUUGUCUUAUUGUUAGGUUAUUUAAGAUAAACAAAUAUUUGAAAGAUAGUUUUUAUUAAUUACCUAUUAUAUUAUAGGUAACUACUAUUAUAAGUAUCUUAAUCAGAUAAAAACAAAAAAAAAAAUAUCUAAAAAAUUGAAUUUCUA